AUGAAUAACGACUCGAGUCACUCGGCCGUACCCCAGCUUGCACCUGGCAGUAAGAAGCGUCGAAGAAGGAAUGUGGUCAUUUCCGACGACGACUGCGAGGAGUACCACGCCGUCGAAACAGAGCGGGCGGGGAAUUCCCUCAACCAGCUCCUGAAAAGGAGACUCAAACGUGAAGUGCGAGGGCCCAAAGUCAGGUUAGAACACAGGGAUUACAAGGCUAUGCUCGAUAAUGUCCACGAGCCACUGCCCAUGAACGAAAACGAUACCAACCUGUAUGUGUUUGGCGAAAUUGGCGCUCACAAUAUUGUCAUCGCGUGUCUACCCUCGGGACAAUAUGGCACCGCCAAAGCAGCUCUGGUAGCGAACACUAUGCGCUGGAGUUUUCCUUCCAUAACUAUCAGGUUGAUGGUUGGCAUCGGCGGUGGCGCACCGCGUGAGCAGCUCGAUCUCCGCCUUGGCGAUGUUGUUGUCAGCAACCCAACGGCAGGGUCACCCGGCGUCAUUCAGUAUGACUUCGGCAAGACCGAACAGGAAGGCUUCUUCCACAAUACAGGUGUCUUGAACAAGCCUUCCGAGGCGCUUCUUAAAGCGCUGACCAAGCUAAGAGCCAGUCACGAGUUGCAGCCUAAUCAGAUGCCCACGAUGCUCGCGCAGAUGAAGAGCUCAAACAGUAAUAUGGGUAAAUACGUUCACCAGGGAGCUGAAAAUGACCGCCUUUACGAUGCUGCGUACGACCACCCAAAGGGUAAAUUUAGCUGCGAUGAGUGCGACAGCUCAAGAUUGAUUGAUCGGCCAAUUAGGCCUGAUAACGAUCCCAGGCACGGAAAGACGCGCGAUCGUGUUGCACAACAACAUGACGUUCUUUGCUUUGAGAUGGAGGCAGCCGGCCUGAUGGACAAUUUUCCAUGCUUAAUUAUCAGAGGAAUCUGUGACUACUCCGACUCGCACAAACUGGAAGGAUGGCAGCCAUAUGCUGCAGCAACUGCCGCGGCAUAUGCAAAGGAGCUCCUGAUGACUAUUCCAUCUCAGGAGGGCCAGAUUCCAGCGCCAAGGACAAUCGAGAUCCGACAAGACCAGAGUUCACUUGACAGGCGGAAAGAGAUACUCACCUCUCUUAAAUUCGAUCAAAUCGACGAUAGACAUGCUUCUAUCAAAAAAGCACAUGGCAAAACCUGCCACUGGCUUACGAAACACCCCAAGUUUGUCAAAUGGCUGGACCCCGGAUCUGUUGCCCACCACCAUGGUUUUCUCUGGAUUAGUGGGAAGCCUGGCGCCGGCGAGUCAACAAUCAUGAAGUUCGCCUACAAUCGCGCACAAAGACCGUCGGGCCAUAACGCGGCUGUCCUGUCGUUCUUCUUCAAUGCUAGAGGUGGAGUGUUAGAGAGAACUGCUGAGGGAAUGCACAGGUCUCUCCUUGUACAGCUUCUUGCGAAGAUCCCCAGGCUACAAGGAGUUCUUGAAGAUCAUGAAAUCCGGGACCAUCUCGAUAUCAACUCGAAAGCAGAAAAUUGGAGCCUUCCCUUGUUGAGGGAUGUCUUCGAAAGAGCUAUAUCAAAAUUAGGUUCAGACCAGAUAACCUGUUUUAUCGACGCGCUAGAUGAAUGCGCAGAAUACGAAGCUCAGCAAAUGCUCAACUUCUUUGAGAAUCUCGGCCAAUGCGCUGUUCAAACUAACACGAAACUGUUCGUCUGUUCUAGUCGGCAUUACCCUUCGUUAGAUAUCCGAUACAAAGUUAAGUUCAUAUUAGAAAAUCAACGCGGCCACGACAAGGACUUGGAAGCUUACGUUCAAAACGCUUUGAGUCCCACCACACCUCAGCAAGAGACCGAGAUUACGGCACAGAUCCUACAUAAGGCUUCGGGAGUCUUCAUGUGGGUGGUGCUGGUUGUCAAUAUUCUUAAUAAGGUGAUCCGAACAGGUCGGAUCCAUGAGAUUGAAGAGACACUAGAACGGCUACCACCGGAAUUAAGCAAGCUUUUUGCAGAAAUGCUUGGAAAGGAUGAUUAUUAUAUGGGAGACCUACUACUUUCUGUGCAGUGGCUUUUGUUUGGAACACGUCCGUUGACGGCAGACGAAUACUAUGCAGCCCUAGUAUCGGGCCUGAAACCCGGUUUCCUUCCUCAGUUGGACCCUGAACGCGUCAUGAAGCAAGACAUCGAAAACUUUGUGGUCAACUCCUCAAAGGGCCUUGCCGAAACUACGAAGACGCAAAGCAAGCCUGCCAUGGUCCAAUUCAUCCACGAGCCCGUCAGAGACUUUUUCCUCAAGGACAAUGGCCUUGAAACCACAUUCCCUGAACGGGUGAUAACCGAGGGCGAAUGUCACGAGCAACUUAAGAGAUGUUGCUAUGCAUACAUAAAAGCAUGCAGUCUAUCAAUCAUCUCGAGCAAGGAAUCGGUUUUUCGAAAAGCUGACCGGUUUCCGAAGGCCUUGGGUGCUUCAAUGAUCGCCAAAUUUCCUUCUCUGGGGUACGCCAGGACGCAGGUUUUGUACCACUCCAAUGCUGCUGCAAAUAUGGCAAUACCGCAAGACCAGUUUCUGGAAGAAUUUGCGGCUUCACUUGAAAAUUGGAUCAAGUUCAAUAAUCUCUUUGAGCGAUAUAAGACCUGUCAUUACACGUCAAUGGCCUCUUUGACGUAUAUCCUUGCAAAUCGCGGUCUGGAUUCUUUACUCGAGGCCAACAUUCGCCGCGACCCUCUCAUCGAGACAUCUGUAGAAGAGCAACACAGAAGCCCCAUAGCUGCAGCUAUCUAUAGAAGCCAUCUCAGAGCAGCCGAAAUUUUGUUGCUUCAUUUGGACAAGAACAUGGUCAACAAUCACCUUAAAACCAAGGGAGGCAGCACAUUACUUUACGGAGCUGUCAAGAAGGGAUUGGCCGAGGUUGUAGAAUUACUUCUCGCGGCAGGAGCGGAAUCUAACGAUUCUGAGACCAUGGAAGAUCCGCUCCAUUACGCGAUCGUUCAAGGAAAUGAGGCUAUAGUGAAACUCCUCCUUUUUCCUGUGGACAAUUACGACGUGCCCCUCGCCCGUUUCAUAAUCGAGAAGGGGGCUGAUGUCAAUCAACGUAUGGACGGCAUCCCGGUUUUGCACCGAGCCAUAUCCGCCUCCCUUUAUGGCAUAGAUAUCUUCAAAAUUCUGCUCGAGAAUGUUGCCGACGUUGAGAUUGCGGAUUGUGAUGGUGUCACUACGCUCCAUCGCGUCGCCCGCGACGGCGAUCAUAGCAUUUUGGAGAUGAUACUCAGAGCCAGGCCAGAUGUCAAUCGUAUCGAUAACUAUGGUCGAACUCCUGUUAUCUUCGCAUGUAGAAACUACAGCCUCCAUCCCACGGCCAUCAUCGCCUUGUUCGAGCAAGGCGCGGACAUCAAUUUACCAGAUCUGGAAGGAAACACCCCAAUGUUUGUCAGUAUUGAUGCACGCAGACCGCCCCAACUCGAAUGCGUACUUCAACUCGGCGCCAACAUUAACGACGUCAACAAGCAGGGGCAGACUGCCCUGUUCAUGGGCUGCCAAACCGGGAGACUCGAAAUUGUAGAGCUAGGCUCUACAAAUCCAGCAGGAGAAACAGCUUUGUUUGGUGUCUUUCCCGGGCACGAGGAAGCCCCGUUGAUAGUUAAGUUGCUAUUAGAGGCAGGCCUUGAUCCCAUGCACACGAAUUCCGCAGGCGAAACUUUCUUUGAAUCAUCGACAUGGUUUCCGAAGCUUGACAAGAAUCUUCGAGAAUCCAUUUUCAGAGCAAUUGCAGAGAGGGAAAUCAACCAAACUGACGAGAUUGGUCGAACGAUUCUGAUGAAAGUCGCGACCGAUGAUGACCCUCGUGCCACUUCAUUUCUAUUAAAGGUCGGGGCCGAUCCCAACAUUUCGGACAGGCGAGGAUACACCCCACUCUUUGCAGUGAUAGACGCAUCACAAUCGGAACAUCAUGACCUCGUUGUUGACGCUCUUUUGCGGAGCGGCGCCGAAACACGUAAACCAGGCCCAAACUCCAAAACUCCUCUGCAAAUGGCUCAACGACUCGGAAAAAACGGAAUUGCUUCCUGGUUGCGCUAUAUAGCAUGA